ACUAGCAAGACGUCAAGAAACGCCGCGCCCGAAUGACGUUUUCGGCAGGUCUUAAUUUUAGUUUGGGGGACAGGGCCGCCAUUUUUGAUGACGUAGAACACACGUUGCUGCAUGGCGUUGACCCGCGUUUGAAGUAAAGUACACUGUAAAGCGGUGCAGAGUGUGAGUUUAACCUGCGUGUGAGAGUUUUACCGAACUGAGAGCUCUCAUAACAGAGUGUCCCACAUGUCCUCUUCAGCUGCGGUGCCAUCAAAGAGUGAAGCUUGGUUUGCUUACAUGACGUCUAGUCGUCUAGGCUUCCUGCGUCCGUUGCUCUACUACAUCAGAAGCCCCGUUGUGAGCAGCGCGCGAGUGCCUCCUCUCACUCAACAUCUCUGCCCCCAUGUUGUCGUCUCUCCACCUUGUUACGCCCGCCAUUACGCUACGAAGAAAAGUAAAGCCAAAGCGAAGAGCCAGACUGGUAAAGUGAGCAUCAACGCCGCCCUGGUGGAGAAUAUCAUCAGCCUGGACGAGGUGAAGGAAGACAUGGCUGCCGUGCUGGCUACGCUGAAGGAUGACUUCAGCCGAAACCUGGGCAUCAGAACCUCGCCAGGUGCGCUGGACCACAUCACCGUGAGCACCAAGGACGGUAAAUUCCCUCUGAACCAACUCGGACAGAUCUCCAUGAAAUCUCCACAGCUCAUCGUCAUCAACAUGGCCAGCUACCCCGAGGCCACAGCAGCAGCCACCCGUGCUCUACAGGAGAGCAGCAUGAAGCUGAACCCAGAGGUGGAUGGCACCAUCAUCAGGGUCCCCAUUCCCAAGGUGACUCGGGAACACAGGGAGAACCUAACCAAGCUGGCGAAGCAGUUUAGCAACAAGGCCAAGGAGUCGGUGAGGAGGGUUCGCUCCAACGCCCUGGCGCAGGUGAAGAGGAGUAAAGAGGGCGUGUCCGAGGACACCAUCCACCUGAUAGAAAAGCAGGUUCAGCAGAUGGCGGACGCUUUCGCAGCAGACAUCGACAAACAACUCGCCUCUAAAACCAAAGAGCUCCUGGGCUGACACGGACUCUUUAACGAAGCUUUCCAACGUCGUUUAUUUCGGGUGUCAUUUCAGGAGUCGGAAGCCGGACAUCCCGAAAAAAACGAGCGGAACUGUUUUUUUUUGUUUUUUUUUUAACCAGCC